AUGGAUUUAACAAAGAUGGGUAUGAUCCAGCUGCAGAACCCAAACCACCCCACAGCGCUCCUGCACAAGGCCAAUCAGAUGCGCCUGGCCGGGACACUGUGCGACGUGGUCAUCAUGGUGGACAGCCAGGAGUUUCACGCCCACCGGACUGUGUUAGCGUGCACCAGCAAAAUGUUUGAGAUCCUCUUCCACCGUAGCAGCCAGCAUUACACCCUGGACUUUCUCUCGCCAAAGACGUUCCAACAAAUUUUAGACUACGCUUACACUGCCACGCUCCAGGCCAAGGUAGAGGACUUGGACGACUUGCUGUACGCAGCAGAGAUCCUGGAGAUCGAGUAUUUGGAAGAGCAGUGCCUCAAAAUCUUGGAGACGAUCCAGUCGUCAGACGAAAACGACGCGGAGGUCGGCGUUAAUGAUGGCAGCACGGAAGAGGACGAUGAGCGCAAAGGCCAUAACGGAGUCAAAAGCUCCAAAAAGCAUUCCAUUGAGAGUCUUUAUCUGUCUGGUUCAGAGCAGCUCUCCUCUAUGUCCAGCAUGUUGGACCAGAGUCCCUCAGUCUCCACGUCAUUUGGCGUCUCAAACAUGAGCCCCACCAAAGCCGCUGUAGACAGCCUGAUGAGCAUUGGACAGACGUUGCUUCAGCAAGGCUUCGGGGGUGAACACGGCAACACCCACCACCUUAUGAGCGAGAUCAAGACGGAAAUGAUGCAGGUGGACAUGGGCGGCAAUGGCCACGAAAGCAUGGAGUCUGGAAGCUCCAGCAACGGCGAGCGAGGUGGUGAAGACCGGAAUCGUGACGGACCUGGCACGCCCACCAGGAGCAGUGUGAUCACCAGCGCCCGCGAGCUGCACUACGUCCGUGAUGACGGCAUGGGCGACCCUCAAGCUGAAGUCAGCCACAUGGGUCUGGAAGCCAUGGCCGGGAUGGCAGAGAAACAUCUGGCUUCCCUCUACUCCCUUCCGGUCAAUCACAAAGGCGACGCCAUCAUGUCGAUGCCUGUCUCCAUGGCCUCUGCCCUGCCCAUCUCGCCGGCCUUGGCCAUGUCGGUGGACUUCAGUGCCUAUGGCGGACUGCUGCCUCAAAGUUUCAUCCAGAGAGAGUUCUUCAGCAAGCUUGGCGAGCUGGCGGUUGGCAUGAAACCCGACAGCAGGAAUCAACACGAACGCUGCAACGUUUGCGGUGCGGAACUUCCGGAUAACGAAGCUGUGGAGCAGCACAGGAAGAUGCAUAGUGGAAUGAAGACCUAUGGCUGUGAGCUGUGCGGGAAGAGCUUCCUGGACAGCCUCCGUCUACGCAUGCAUCUGCUGUCUCAUUCAGCUGGAGAGAAGGCCAUCGUAUGCGACCAGUGCGGUGCUCAAUUCCAGACAGAAGAAUCCCUGGAGGCCCACCGGCAAAUCCACACCGGUUCAGACAUGGCCAUCUUCUGCCUGCUGUGCGGCAAGCGUUUCCAGACCCAGACAGCGUUGCAGCAGCACAUGGAGGUCCACGCUGGCGUGCGUAGCUACAUCUGCAGCGAAUGCAACCGGACCUUCCCGAGCCACACGGCACUCAAACGUCACUUGCGCUCGCAUACAGCUGGGGACCACCCGUACGAGUGCGAGUUCUGCGGGAGCUGCUUCCGCGACGAGAGCACGCUGAAGGGCCACAAGCGCAUCCACACGGGGGAGAAGCCCUACGAAUGUAACGGCUGUGGCAAGAAGUUCAGCCUCAAGCACCAGCUGGAGACCCACUACCGAGUGCACACAGGUGAGAAGCCGUUCGAAUGCAAACUGUGCCACCAGCGAUCCAGGGACUACUCGGCCAUGAUCAAGCACCUGCGCACCCACAAUGGUGCCUCGCCCUACCAAUGCACCAUCUGCCUGGAGUACUGCCCCAGCCUGUCGGCAAUGCAGAAGCACAUGAAGGGCCACAAGCCCGAAGACAUCCCUCCUGACUGGCGUAUCGAGAAGACCUACUUGUACCUCUGCUACGUCUGA